UCCGCGAGAGACGCCCGGGACCUGCGGCGUCCUGACGACACGAGCAUGGCUGACGCCGUCCGGCCCCGGGCGUCAAUGCGCCGGGGUCGGCUUCCCCGCGGCUCCCGGAACGCGGGUACUUCACAAACAAAUGCCUUAAAACAAGAAGAUGCCUCUAAGAGGAAAGCCGAACUAGAAGCAGCUGUGAGAAAGAAGAUAGAGUUUGAGAGAAAAGCUUUGCAUAUCGUUGAACAGCUGUUGGAAGAGAAUAUUACUGAAGAAUUCCUAAAGGAGUGUGGGAAGUUCAUCACACCCGCUCACUACAGUGACGUUGUAGAUGAGCGUUCUAUCAUCAAACUCUGCGGUUAUCCCUUAUGUCAGAAGAAACUAGGAAUCGUACCAAGACAGAAAUACAGGAUUUCUACCAAAACAAAUAAAGUCUAUGAUAUCACUGAAAGAAAAUGUUUUUGCAGCAAUUUUUGUUAUAAAGCAUCAAAGUAUUUUGAAGCACAAAUUUCCAAAACUCCAGUUUGGGUUCGAGAAGAAGAAAGGCAUCCUGAUUUUCAGCUGCUUCAGGAAGGACAAAGUGGCCAUUCAGGAGUAGAAGUUCAACUAAGCAGUAAAGCCAUUGAAACCUCAGACAUUGACAGUCCUGGCCAUCUUGUGAAGCAUGAUGAACCCACUUCUCCCAGCACUCUUAGUGAUAGUAGCAGUGAUAAUGAACAAGACUUUGUUUCCUCCAUUCUUCCAGGAAACAGACCAAACGCAACGGAUAUAAGGCCACAGCUGCACCAAAAAGGCAUAGUGAAAAAGAAAGCCAGUCAUAAAGCUAACUCCAAUCAUGAAGACAGAGAAGGGACAGUGGAUGAUGUCACCAAACAGUUAGGCCAUUGCAGAUUAAUACAUGUGGAGAAAGCUGCGACUUGUGAACCUCCCUUACAGAAAGGAAGUACUCAAAUUUCUACAAAUCAUCCUUUGCAGGAAAAAUUAGAAGCUUCAAAAAAUUCUGAAAUUGAGUACAGUAGUUCAAAAAUAACUCUAGUAGGCCUAAGCAAGAAAAGUGCCGAGCAUUUUAAGAAGAAGUAUGCCAAGUCAAGGUCAGCUCCUGAUGCGGUACAGGUGUGUCCUGAAAUUGCAAAGAAAAACAUACUUAAAGUCCUGAAGGAAACUUUGAUUGAGUGGAAGACAGAAGAAACAUUGAGGUUUUUAUAUGGCCAAAAGUAUGCUUCUUUUUGUCUGAAACCCUCUUCGGGCCCUCAGGCUAAAGAAGAAGAACUUGAUGAGGAUGACAUAAAGUCUGACCCAGAUAGUUAUUCCUCUCCGGUGGGGGAAUCUCAGAACAGUUUGGAUGAGUCUUUACCAUUUAAGGCCUCUAAUACAGCCAUUAAGCCACUGCCAAGUUAUGAAAACUUGAAAAAAGAAACUGAAACAUUAAAUCUAAGGAUCAGAGAGUUUUAUAGGGGACAGUAUGUUUUGAAUGAAGAAACCACCAAAUCACAAGACUCAGAAGAGCAUGAUCCCACCUUUCCACUGAUAGACUCAAGUUCUCAGAACCAGAUUAGAAAACGCAUUGUGCUUGAAAAAUUAAGUAAAGUAUUGCCUGGACUUUGCGGGCCUCUUCAGAUAUCACCAGGAGAUAUUUAUACACAACUUAAAGAUCUUGUUCGAACAUUCAGAUUAACAAAUAGAAAUAUUAUACACAAACCUGCAGAGUGGACAUUAAUUGCUGUGGUGUUGUUGUCACUAUUGACGCCAAUUCUUGGCAUUCAGAAGCAUUCUCAAGAAAAUAAGGUGUUUACACAGUUUAUAGACACCCUACUUGAAGAAUUACAUUUGAAAAAUGAAGACCUUGAAAGUUUAACCAUCAUAUUUAAAACCAGCUGUUAACCAGAGUGAUAUAAUCCACAAAGAUAGAAGAUUAACUUGCAGUCACCAUUUCUGGUGAAUAUUCUGGCCACAGUGACGGUCUGGACAGCUCUGUGCCAAGAGAAACCUUCAUCUGAUAUUUUAAGCACCUGUAACCUGGUCUCUGAUGGUACAGCAGUUCUCUCAGAUAGAGGAGAACCAUUACUCCAAUGAAGAUAAUCUCUACAUCUCUACUAUAAGACGUAGUAUUGUUUUAUUUGAAAACAAAAUUUGAAGUCUUAAUGUGAUAAAUAUUCAAGAAAAUUGACGACUUAUUUUUUUCUAAAUGAAUUCAAUCACUAAGCAUUUUACAAGAAAUAAUAACUUUCAGGCCUGGAGCAAUAGUACAGUGGGUAGGGCAGGGCAUUUGCCUUGCAUGCAGCCAACCCAGGCUCGAUUCCCAGCAUCCCAUAUGGUCCCCCGAGCACUGCCAGGAGUAAUUCCUGAGUGCAUGAGCCAGGAGUAACCCCUGUGCAUCUCCGGGUGUGACCCAAAAAGCCAAAUAAUAAUAAUAAUAAUAACUUUCUGAGAAAUUCACAUUUGUGCCUCAUAGUCUUAAUUCUAGAUUAUUAAGAGUUAGGUCAGUCUAAAAUAACGCUCUUUGGAAGUCUGGUCAUUAUUCUUUGAAAAAAGCUCAUUUUGCUUUUAAAAAGGUGUUCUUCCCAAGCACAAAAAUUUGUAAGGC